GCCACUGCCUAUUGGCUCGCUGUCGCGUCACUCAAGUUCACUUCCCACUUCCGCUCCAUUCUUCCUUUUCCUGUUCGUCGCCUGCGGCUUGAGGCUGAGACUUUGGACGCCGGAUCUUUUGUUUCAUCGUGUAAGACACCUCUACUGCAAAGAUGGUCAAUGUACCUAAAACCCGAAGAACUUUCUGUAAGAAGUGUGGUAAGCAUCAGCCUCACAAAGUGACCCAGUAUAAGAAGGGCAAGGAUUCGCUGUAUGCCCAAGGAAAACGGCGCUAUGACCGGAAGCAGAGUGGCUAUGGUGGACAGACAAAGCCAAUUUUCCGAAAGAAGGCCAAAACCACAAAGAAGAUUGUGCUGAGGCUUGAGUGUGUAGAGCCCAACUGCAGGUCCAAGAGGAUGCUGGCCAUCAAGAGGUGCAAGCACUUUGAACUGGGAGGAGACAAGAAGAGAAAGGGCCAAGUGAUCCAGUUCUAAAACUCCUGUACUGUACUGAAUGAAGCAGUAGAAAAAUCCCGUCAGAAAAUAAAAUUCUAUUGUUUUGUUUCAAUUAAA